CACUUUGACUAAGAACUUCCUCCCUUUAUUGCAAAUGGGAGGGUCUCAAAUUGAGGAAUUAUAAAUGUGAGCCGAGUUCAACAUUUAGGCUAUAUUUUUUGCUGGAAGAAGCAAGCCAAGCAGCCAGAACUUCUUAAGACAUCAACAGCAAUAUGAUCGAUGCCGAAGUUGCACUUGAAGCUUUGAGCGUGAUCUGCCAUGCCGGAGUAAUUUCAGCUCAAAGACAAAGAUCAGAAGCUGGACUGGCAGCCAUCGUUCCUGACGUAGCAGCACAGCUUCUCCGUCCACUGCAGACGCUGCAGCUGUCCGUGACGCAGCUGACCAUCCAUGACCUCAUCCCUUUAGCCCUGUGUGGUGACACAAGCUGUCACAGCCGCUCGGCUGCAGUCUCCUCAGCAUACCAAGAUGGGCAGUAUGUCUGCGCCUUGAGCUUGCCAAAUGACAUCGAUGAAGAUAAUAAAACAGGAGCUAUUAUCAUCAAGGAUUACCAAUGGACCAAGGAACACUUUGACCCGAAAUUUGACUAUGACUUCACCAAGUUGAAAGACACCAAGGAAUAUUACAGAGGUGGGGAGAAGUACAAACGCCCGUGUGGUUGGCAGCGUUUUGCCCUCAAGGUCCUGGAUGAGUUUGGUGACAACACCUGGCUGGGAAACCCAGGCCGCAGCACCCAGUCAGUCCCGGGGGAGUGGCCUGUGUCCUACCAUGGGACAAAAGAAAUAUGUGUGGAAGCCAUCAUUGAAAAAAACUACAAGAAAGGCAAUCGUGCUGUUUAUGGCCCGGGGAUUUAUUCUACUCCAAACAUCGACAUAGCAGAGGGAUACGCCCAUGAAUUCCCCUCCGAGAGAACGGGCAAGAAGUACAAAACGGUUCUGCAGAAUCGCAUCAACCCCGAGUACCGGAAGAUGUAUAACCACGAUCAGUACUGGCUGGUUCCCAUUGACGAAGGAACAUCAGAGGAAGAAGAAAAGGAGAUAGUCAGAAAGGCCAUCCGUCCUUAUGGCCUUCUGUUGAAAGAGAUUUGAUCACUUAUUUGUUUCCUUGACGUUUCACCCCGUUUUUAUAGCAUCAAAAAACAAAUAGAAAUAGUGAUCAGAACUACCUAAAAUGCGUGUGUGUGUGUGUGGUCUUUGAAGCUUUAACUGUAGUCUUCCAUGCAGCAUACUCUCAAUAAAGAUAAUGAUGCCUCAUUUGCAUGUAUAGAUGAAUAUCUUCCUGCACUGAAAUUCCUUCUUCCUUUGUUCCAUUUUUCAAUAAGCCAUACUUCAUUUAAUAAACAGAAUUUUAAACGAA